GUAGUGCUGUAAGAAGCCUCGAUCCGGCGACCAAACCAACACCCUUGUGCUCCAUGUAUACGCGUACUUAUCAUUAAAAUAACCGACAUCUAAAACGCGCGACAUUUUCGCCCAAAGGUGUGUGUGCGAGAACGAAAUCAGGACCGUCGGCGGAUAGACGCGGUGAACAUGCCUCGGGAUUCAGCCUGUUAUCCGUAAUAGCGAGUGAAAAAGUGAGCCUUGUCCGGCUAACGCUAAUGCUAGCGGGCUAAGCUAAACCCGGAAGCGAACACCGAGGCCGACACAGCACCGGAGUCGGAGUGAGUACGAAGGCCGCGCGAGUGUGAGGCAGAACGGGUUGCUUGCUACGCGACUCGGGAGGAUUCCGUAGGCCCACGCUGAUGUUUCAGCACUGGGAUGUAUGAAGGGAAACACAUUCACUAUUCGGAGGUGGACCACAAGCCUCUGUGUUCAUAUAGCCCGAAGCUCUGUAAACAGCGCCGGCUUAACGGCUAUGCUUUCUGCAUUCGGCAUGUUUUGGAGGACAGGAGCGCCCCUUUCAGGCAGUGUGAAUAUGUAGCCAAGUACAACAGCCAACGCUGCACCAACCCCAUCCCCAAGACCCAAGACCGCAAAUAUUGCAGCAGUCACCUGCAAGUUAUGGGUGUCCUUCCAAAGAAAGAGAGAAAGAAGAAGCAAGACACUCUCGAAUCUCUGGCCCUCAACAUCACUGUACCCUCUCUGGCUCUGAAAGCUCCUAAUGACCUGGACCACUUGCUCCCAUCUUCGCCCUCCUCACUCACUCGCCUGCUCCCAUUGGACCCGUAUGCCUUCUUCAAGGUUGAUAAGGUGAAGAAAGAAGGCCCUAACUUGGGGAAGAAAGUCACAAACCGCUCAUUUAAUCCUAAACAGAAACAGAAAGAUCACGCCGUAGCCCCAGCCAUCUCCCCACAUUCCACCUCUCUUCUUUCUCAACUGGCUGUAGGACCUACUCAAGCUCCUUUAGUAUCCAAAUCCCCUCUUCUAUCCAUCUCACAACAUCCAAAACCUAAAUCAGGGCCAAUAUGCACAAUGGCUCCUGCUCAGGCCAGUCAUCACACCUCGACCACCACCAACCCCAAGCCAGAGAUACGGCUAGAGCUUGCUCUCACCAAGAGAGUUGUACCUCCAAGUCCAAGCCGUGCAAGCAUGUGUAUGGGCCCAGCAAAGGAUCCAAAAGCACCAGUACAACAUCAGGCUCCAUGUUUGAUGCAACUUCACAGGCUGAUAGAGCAACAGAGAAGAAAGAAUGAAGAUCUGAGGUCUCGUUUUGAGCUGGACUGGUCAGAGGACAGCGGAGAGGAGGAAGAGAGCCAAGUGGAGAAAAUGACAUCGUCUAAAUAUCAGCACUCACACGACAAAAGUUCUAUUGGUUCUGGUUCCCGUGUGGAGCGGCUGGCGGGGCUUUGCGGUUAUUUGAGACAAAGACACAGACAAAUGCUUAGGGAGGAAAAGGGCUUCAGGAAAGGGAGAAAGUCCCAGCACACUCUCCGCAAAGCUUUGCUUCAGGCGGCCGCACAUGACCCUGAUCACACUGCUCGAUUAAUUCAGCAGCGUCAUACUGAAAUUUCAGCAACCUCAAGUUCUGCAGGCAGUUCAGACUCAGGACUGUGUGUGGCCCAGGUUAACGGCAAAGCAUGCACUAAUCACUCCUUGCCUUUCACCAGACACUGCCUCCAACAUAUCCUGCAGAACAGGUCACAGCAGCUGUUCUCAAGCUGCACUGCACGUUUUGCGGAUGGGGCACAGUGCUCUGUCCCAGUCUUCGAUAUCACACAUCAGACACCACUCUGUCAGGAGCAUGCCAAGAAAAUGGAUAACUUCCUUCGUGGUGAUGUGAGCCGCAGAACGUACCAUCACCAACAGCAGUUGCAGCAACGCCGGCGGCUGAAGAAGGCCAAACUUCCAUCGCUGAGCAAAAAACACAAGAAGGGCAGAAGAGGAACAGUACGCCGACCUCAGAAACCCAUCCCUCCUGCGCUGCCCCAGGGUAACCUGGGAAUGCCAUCUGUCCUGUGCCUACCAUCACAACCCACUGGGAUAAGGAGUCCCUUGACCCCUGACCUGAGUGCUGAUGAGCUUCCAGAUGACCUCACGAGUGACAUCAGUGACAUUCCUCAUGACCUGGAGCUGAAUCAGGAAGAUUUCUCAGAUGUUCUGUCCCGAUUCCCAGAUGACCUGCAAGACUUUGAUCUGUUUGAAGGUAAACAAAGUGAGCUCUUACCUACGUCAGAGGAAGCUGAAGAGCUGGUGCGGGUCCUGCAGGACAUGGGGUCCUACCCAGAGUCCCUGGCAUGUCUGAGCAGUAUAGCUGAACUCGGUCCGGUGGAGGGCUCAGAUUGCUGUGGGAUGGAAGGCGGCGUCAUGGAUUUGCUCGGUGCUCGUCUAUCAGCUGAGACCCUGUCCAGUCUGGAGCUGGACCCUAGCUUGCUCCCUACAACAGAGGACACCUUCCCCCCUUCCCCACAUUCUCCCCCUUCUUCCAUAAGUCACCUGAGGGACAGUGCGCGUCCACAGAGGCGUCACUUAGCACACAUUGAUGACUCCAGAGAUGAUCUGGUGGAUGAGGACGUGUCCCAUGGCUCCUGGGGCGUUCUCGCGCUGCCUCUCAGCGACUCGAAUCAACUCCACAGUCUCAUCACCACAGACGGCCUGCUCAUGUCCACAGCGUUGUCCACGCCACUGACUCCUAUGCUAACAGCCCCUUGCCAACCCACUGCCACGCUUUCCGCCCUACCCGAGAGCAGCCUGACCAUCCCAGUCACUUCCUCUUCUUCUUCCUCACCCCGGGUGGACUUCCUGUUCCCAGGGCAGCUUAAACACACACUCCCCUCUCUGUUUAGCCACUGUGGAAUUCCUGCUGACCUGCAGCCUCACCACAGCGCUCCAGCACCCACUAUGGACCAGACCUGAGCGGCCAUCUGGAACAAUUACAAGUGCACAUCUCUUAGUAUUCAGGGAAGGUUUUCAUUAUAUAACUUGCAUGGGUUCUUCAGCUUAACUACUCUAUCUUCCCAGAUCCUGAUUUUUUUUUUUGGUCACUUGCACCCCCAGAGCAAUAAGGAAACCCCACAAACAAGAGUAUACGGCACGCUUAUUUUCUAUGACAGAUAAAUUUGAUGGAUUUUAGCCAUGGAUGCACACCACUUGUAUUCUUAUAUAUGCAUAUUUAAUAUAUUUAUAGAGUAGUGAUGUGCACACCUAGUUUUAUUGAUUAGUCCAAAUGUGUGGUUUACUGGUGGAAAAUGUGGUUACUUGUCUAAAAAUAACAUGGAAUGGUUAUCGGAUGGAACAAACCAAUGUCACAAAAGAUGUCACAGACGUAUCAGUUAUCCCCUCUCGUCCUGUAAUGAUUAAAGUGGUUAUAUCGGCGGCUGGUGUUUGUGCUUUCUGUAGCUGUUCUGGUGUUGGGUUCUGCUUUUUAGUGUCAAGUGCCAUGAAAGCUGUGUAAACCUUUCAUAAUCAGUGUGCUGAAAAUCAGUAGUGUCCUUUUAAAGAAGAGCUAUAGAUAUUCUUAAAAUGUCUUUGUUAUGAACAUCUCAUUCUGUGUAUGUAAUGGAACACUGAUACCAGAAAUCCAUAUAUUUCUGGCUUUUCAUGUUUGCAAUUAAUUUUCAGAAGACAUUUUUGUCGAUUGUGUCAUGGAUAAAAGCUCAGUAAUGCUUGCAAGGCCUCUGUAAGAAUAGACUGUAUUAAUUAUCUUCACAGUAACGUCACACCAAUCUCAUUCUUGCAUCACAUGGAUUUUCAGUCGUAGGCAAGCUGAUGUCUGAUGAGAACAGCGGAAAAGGGUGUUUGAUUCGAGUAGGCCUGCCAGUAUAUCAGUUAAUGCUGCUCUUAUCAGUGUCAAUAACAGUAUAUUAUUCCUGCAUCAACAGAGAAGCUGGGAUCCGGUUUUUUUUUUUUUUUUUUGUAUUCACUGAAUGUAUUGAAUGAUGGAAGGAUUUGUUUAUUAUAAACUAACGGAAUUUUAUUGCCCCUCUGCUUUGUGUCUUGACCUGUCUACUUUUUGUUACUAAAGUGUUUGGCUGUGGGUAUGUGGUAAACACAGAUGUAUCCGAUUUUUUUUUGUUUGUUUGUUUAUUAGACGUGCGUAAAUUAAAUCUGCUAUGACUAUUAAA